AUUUUGUGUCCAUACUGUAUAUUAAAAUGUCAAAUAGCUGCAACAAAAACAAAAGAUCAACAAAAGACAAACGAAAAGCUGUCAGACAACGAUGGUCGAAAAGAGUUGUGAAGAAACAAAACGUGAAAAAAUCUACAGGAAGAACGCACACUGAAAAGUAUGCAAAGAUAGAACAACCUGUCGUUCAAGCUGCAGAAGUUUUAUCACAAAAUGUUGAAGUGAAGAGAAAGGAAUCAGAUCAGGGCAUGCUAUUUAAUUUUGCUAGUAAAUUAGCUGUAUAUAUUUCCUAUCCUGUGUCAACAGCUGCUAAAAUUGUGUUAAAGGUUUUAAAACCAUCUCAAAGUCGUAAAAGAAAGUACGAAGAACUAGAAGAAAGAAUUUGUGAACUUGAAAAAGAAGUUCAGCAAAUCAAGAAAAAGAAAUGCUUCCAUGAACAGACCACCAAAAUAAAUCAAGCUCCUGUUUGUACAAGUCUUCACAUUGCUCCAUCAGUGCAAAUGCCUCCACCUUUACCACCUCCGCCACCACCACCACCACCUCCACCACCAGCUGUCAAAUCUUGUUUUACACGAACUAUAAAGAAGAAAAACGUGCCGGAUCGCCAAAAGGAAAAAGUCAACCAUCAAAUUACAGACGAACUGUUAAAAACUGUCACUUUGAAAAAAGUCACAAGAACACUUGAAGCAUACGAAUCAUCAAACAAAGAGAAUGUACAUCUAAACACACCAUUAGUGUCUUUAUCAGAUAUCCGUAACAUAAAACUUAAAAAAUCAAUAGUUCAAAAUCGGACACCAUCAAGUAAUUCGGCUUUGAAACCAAAAAAUACAGGAAGCAUACAGAAAUCAUCAUCUGGUAAAAAGAGAACCCCAGAAAACUUAUUUCGUCGACACCUUCGUAAGUGUAACAUCAGCAGAAGUCCAGGUGGUACUCCAUUAACGAGAACAAAAGACUUUAGUGUCAGUAUGGGUGAAGGAUUCACACCCAUGUUGAGCAAUGCGUUAAAAAAGAAAUUUAAUAAUGCAAUUCCAGAAAAAAUUACUCCAAAUAGCUGCGCCGAUACUUCGACUCCAGCCUUACAGUUUGAAAUUUCUCCCUAACAAUUAGAGUGACGUCUACCACUGGCGUUCGUGUUGUUGAUUCUGUUAGAUUGGCAUCGUGUUGGCUCGAGUGGGAGUAAGGAAAAGCAAAAGAUAGAAUGUCUAUUAUUGUUUCUGGUAUGGCUUUCUGCACCAAACCUAAACUGGUUCGUUUUUGUGAGUAUUUAAUUAGCAGUCAAUAUUUUUGUUAACCUAUAGUCUUAUACACAGAGAUUUAAGCAGCAUUGAGUCUCAGCCAAAAUUUUGUGUUUGUUCAAAAAACAAAAUCGUUUGUGACUUUACCACGAUACUGUUCCGAUACAAAGUAGUCUUAAGUUGAUGUGUGUUAACACGAAAAGUAUUUAGUUUCAGUAGAUGAAAUUUCACUCGGGAGAUUUUAUAUUUAGCGUAUACAUUUUCGUGCUUUUGACAUACACGCCUCACGAAUUACGCUAAUUUAAACAGACUUUAAUUUAUACGAAUGCGCAUUUAUAUUUUCUUGUGGUUUUAUUCUACAAAAUCGUUUCUUCUGGUGUGGUGUAAAAAGUGUUUAGCCGUCAAAAUUCUCUUUAAAUUCCCGAGUCGAUAGAUACCGUUACGCUACUUAAUGGGUGCGAUCCACAAAAAGAGUAUUAAGAGAGACAUAACUUAGAUGAUAUGAUAACUGGCAACCUAGCCUCCAGCGCCUCCCAUUUUUAUUUUAUUGGUGUGGAACCUGUACAAGAUAAAAUACCCAGGAGGCCCUGGUGACAAGGUUGCGUGACUGGUGUUGUAUAUAUUUUAUGAAUUUUAGCAAAUAAUUAACAUAUUUUACCUUAUAAAUAAACAUGCACAUAAAAA